CUCACAACACGUGUGAUUUACACCUUUCUUUCAUCGUUGAUCUCAUCGCUAGAAAACAUGGAUAGCCCACCGAAAGCAGACCGUACACCUCCCAAGGUCAUUUUCGGAGCCAUGACCAUUGGGAAACCAGGCGUUGAAAUGACCCGCAUUCACACGCUAGAUGAGACCAAGGCCGCCCUAGACAUGUUCCAAAAAUAUGGCCAUGACAUAGUUGAUACUGCCCGGGUCUACGGUGGAGGUUCAUCGGAAGAGUACCUCGGAGCUUUGAACUGUCCAAGCCGUGGGAUCAAACUGGAUACCAAGCUCUAUCCAACCGCCCUCCGUCCAGCUCUAUCACCAGAUGAGCUUUAUCACCACUCGGUUGACGAUCUGCGUCGAGGUCUCCUUUUAAGUCUGAAGGCGCUGAAGGUUGGUAAGGUUGCAACCUGGUAUCUUCACGGACCGGAUCGGACCGUACCCUUUGAGGACACUCUUCGUGCAGUCAACGAGCUCUACAAUGAGGGGCUCUUUGAGAGGUACGGCAUUAGUAAUUAUCAGGCAUGGGAGGUGGCGCAGAUCUGCGAGCUCUGUGAAAGGAACGGAUGGGUCAAACCCGCCGUCUACCAGGGUCUGUACAACGCUUUCCAUCGCGCAGUCGAAGCUGAGCUGUUCCCAUGCCUGCGUCACUACGGCCUGUCUUUCUACUGCUUUAAUCCUCUGGCUGGUGGUUUUUUGACCAGUCGUUAUACCCGCGGUAUGACCGAAUUUGAAGAGGGCUCCCGAUUUGACCCGAGGCGCUACCAGGGUAAACUGUCUCGCAACCGCUACUUUGAUGACUACUUCUUUGACGCACUGGACAUCCUGCGGCCAGUUAUCAAGAAGCAUGGGCUGAGCGAGGCUGAGUGUGCACUUCGUUGGUUGUCUCAUCACUCUCAGCUGGAAGCAGAGAAGGGGGAUGGCAUCGUUAUUGGCGCUAGCAGCCUGAAGCACUUGGAAGAGAAUUUAGUGGCUCUUUCCAAGGGGCACCUGCCCGAAGAUGUGGUUGAGGCCAUUAAUCAGGGCUGGGAAGUAGUUCGGGGAAAAGAGCUGAAGUUUUGGCACUGACCAACUAUAUCUCUGAGAAGACAGAUUCACAAGCCUAAAGCUCACCCCCAAUCUUUCUAGGUUAGAUGGAGUAAGAGUUCGAGAGCUUGAGGAUAAGAUGAAUUGAUGUAAGAUUGGCUUCAAUUGAAGCAUAAAAUAGCGAUUUGUG